AUGCCUCUCCUUCGACGAACUUCUCUCUCUUCGCUGUCACCUUUGCACUUGAGUCGGAGACGCUAUAGCUCCCAUAAUAUCCCGGUGACCAUUGGAAUCCGUUGUGAGGACCCUGCAAGAGUAUGGGAGCGUAGAGCUCCGCUUACACCUGACGUGGUAGCGGAUUUGGUUGAGAAGGAUGGUGUGAGGGUACUUGUGCAGGAGUGUGAGCGGAGGGUAUUUCCUCUGGAUGAAUAUAUCCGGGCCGGAGCAGAAGCCCACCCCACGCUUGACCCCGCCCAUAUAAUAUUAGGAAUCAAAGAACCACCUCUGACCACUCUCCUCACCACCCCUGUUCUGUCUUCUUCCCCUGUAUCCUCGUCAGCUGCACCAGUUCUCAACCCCCGAACGCACGUCAUGUUCUCCCAUACCAUCAAAGGGCAGGAGUACAACAUGCCUUUACUAUCGCGUUUUCUCACCGGUGGGUAUAAGUAUGCCGACAAAGGCGCUGGAACAAUGCCGGGUAUCUCGAGUAAGGAGGAAGAGGGUUUGGAACCGCGAUUGAUUGAUUAUGAGUUAUUGGUGGAUGGAAGCGGCAAGAGGACUGUGGCGUUUGGGUGGUUUGCUGGAGUCGCAGGAGCUCUCGAAUCCCUAUCUGCGAUGGCGGACAUGCACCUCAAAGGCGGUGUGGCGUCGCCCUUUCUAUAUACUCCCCGUCCUCACUCCUCACCUUCGCUUGAGCAUCUUCGUUCAGCCUUGCAAUGGAUCGCUACUCAGAUCACAGAGCACGGGACACCGCGCUCUUUAGGUCCUUGUGUCAUUGGUGUGACUGGGAAUGGCAAAGUCUCUCAAGGAGCGCUCUCCAUCCUUUCCGAGCUCCCACUCGUAUACAUCAAACCCGAGGAUCUACCCGCAUUGGUCAACAACUCAAACGCCGAUCUAACGAAGAUCUACAUCGUUCACGCACUGCCUGAGUCCUACCUCUCCCGGCAGGACGGAAAGCCCUACGAUCGUGCCGACUAUUAUGAGAAUUCGCAGGCCUACGAGUCCCAUUUCCAUACCAAGAUCGCACCAUACCUGACACUUUUCCUCAACGGCGCAGGCUGGAACCCAGCCUGCCCCCGCCUACUCCUCACCUCUCACCUCCAAGCCCACACACCAAGACUAGCCGCCAUCGGCGAUAUUUCAUGUGAUAUCGAGGGAGCUCUGGAGUUCGUGAAGAAGAGUACGACGAUCGAUAAGCCGUGCUAUACUGUCGGAGAAGGAGCGGGAUGGAAAGGAAUGGGCAUAAGCGUCAUGGCUGUGGAUAUUUUGCCAGCUAGCCUCCCGAAGGAUGCGAGCGAAUCGUUCGCGGGUGCUGUGAAGGACUAUGUUAGGUGUCUUGUCGCGGAACAGAAGGCCGGCUCGGGUUCUGACUUGGGAAAUGGGGAUAAUGAACUGAGGAAGGCGUUGAAGAGAGCGACUGUGGCAGUGGGUGGGAGGGUGACAGGUGGUGAGGGGUCGAGUUUCGAUGAUGGGUUUAGGGAGGUUCUGGAGGGGAAAGUUAGGAGAUGGAGGGAGAGUCAGAGUAGUGGUGAGACGCAAGCCUCUUCUGCAUCAGAAACAACGGCGAAGAACGUGGGGGGUGCUAUUCCUGCCAGUAAUAGUCUUUCGGGCGCCCCGAGGAAGAAGAGGGUUUUAGUCCUUGGGAGCGGGAUGGUCGCGGGACCUGCGGUCGAUGAGUUGGCAGGCAGGCCGGGUGUGGAGAUUAUCGUCGCCAGUAACGCACUAGCCGAAGCAGAGAGCCUGGUCAAGCAUCAUAAGAACGCAAAGGCUUUGUUGAUCGACAUGGAGGAUAAGGAACGUAUUGCGGGAUUGGUACAGCAAGCUGACAUCGUCGUGAGCUUGCUCCCCGCGCCGUUCCAUCCAUCCGUCGCGGAGCUCUGUAUCGAGCACAAAACCCACCUUGUAACGGCGUCAUAUAUCUCAUCUUCAAUGCAGGCUUUGCACUCGCAAGCCAUCGCAUCCGAUAUUCUUCUCCUGAACGAAAUCGGCCUUGACCCCGGAAUCGACCACUGCUCAGCACACUCCCUUCUCUUGCGCCUACGUUCGCAGAACAAGCAAAUCGUGAGUUUCACGUCGUUUUGUGGCGGGUUGCCAGCGCCCGAGGCGGCGGAGGGCGUGCCGCUGGGUUAUAAGUUCAGUUGGAGCCCGAGGGGUGUCUUGAGGGCUGCGGAGCAGAGUGCGAAAUUCAGGCUGAAUGGGAAGGACUGGGAAAUCCCCGGAGAAAGAAUAUUGAGGGAUCAUUUCCCCGAGGUUCCGAUCUCGAAUGUGUUGAAGCUGGAGGGUAUGGCGAAUAGGGAUAGUAUGCCGUAUGCAGAUAUUUAUGACUUGGGCCCUAACCUGCGGACAAUGCUCAGAGGGACAUUGAGAUAUCCGGGCUUCACGUCUCUCAUGCACUCCUUCAAAUCCGUCGGUCUCCUUGAACCCACUCAGCCCAUUCAACUCGAUUCCACAUUAGGCUGGCCGUCAUUUACCCGUCUCGCCCUCGAACGACAGCUCGAUACCGAAAUCCCUACCAAUGCUCCGUCGCUCUUGUCUGCUCUCUCGAGCACUGUUGAUGAAUCUCGUAUCGCACCACUUUGGGAUGCUUUGACAUGGCUGGGCUUGGUUCCUUCGCAGCCUGAAGGGGGCGAGAAAGGCGCAACGUCACUCCCUCCAGUUCCGAAGGUACCUAUGCCCCCAGCAGAUCUACUUGCCAUUCAUCUUGCGCAUACGCUCCGCUAUCUUCCCCACGAAAGAGACCUCGUCAUCCUAUCACACGAAGUCGUCGCUCGAUCCUCUUCAGCAGGCUCUCCCGACGAGGACAUCCACACCUCCGACCUUGUGGUCUAUGGAGAUAGUAAAGCUACAGCUAUGGCGCGUACGGUCGGCCUUCCUGUUGCGCUCGCUGCCCUUCAGAUUUUGGAUGGCAAAGUUGCAGUGAGGGGUGUACAGGGUCCAACUGCAGAAGGGAAUUUGUGGAAAGGGGUGCUAGAAGGGUUGGAGGGGAGGGGAUUAGGCGUCAGGGAGGGUGUUAGGAGAGGGGGAGGGAUGGAGCGGGUGUUGGAUGACGGGUUGAGGAGGACGAGUGGGGUUGUAUGAGAGCUUUGGUUAGAUGUCAGGAUUCCUGAUUAGCACUCACUGAAUCCUUGGACGACUUUCGGCGACCAUCUUCUUGCACGCUGCAUGUUCAUGUUGUACUAGUAAAAUAUAUGCAUACAUCCACGA